GAGACUACCUCAGCAGCAUGCGAUAAAUUACAGUGAUUGACUGAAAAUGCGCGGACCUUGGACGCGCUACCGGUUCUCAUCUUUUUCAGCCCUUUCAAUAGUUUUAUGCCACCUCCAAACCUUCGUGACAAGAUUGUGCGUCCUGCCGCUGAUAAUUUGAAAUCAGGCGGACUCCGAGGAUACCAUCUGCACCAGCACCCCACUCACUUGCGUCGUCCCCCAGGACGUUCACAUACUCCCUCGGUACCUGAUUUCUCAAUGCUCAAUGCAUUACAGAGCCAUAUUCAAAGUUCUUCCACUCCAAAUCGACGUUCGGCACUCCCGUUGAUCUCUCUGCUCCACAUAUCAUAUUCCUUCAGUUAUCAGACCAUUCUUUCUUUUCUUCUACUCUACAAACUCCUUCUCAUAGCAUGUACAUUUACGUCUCAUAUUUUCAAAUCUUCUCUUCAUGUCGUCUUUUUGAAAAUUGAUCUGGUUUCAGUACUUUGUUUCCGAGUUUUUUUUUCUGUUCAUCUUGUUCGCCUCCACACCACACUUUGAACUACUUCCGCCUAUCUCAUCCCCACCCAUGCAUAUGUCUUCGCUCCAGCUGACUGGUCUUUUUCGUUGUCCAAUCGUCAGAGGUAUAUCUUGAAUGUCCCUCACCUUGUAUAUGAUAUUUCUUUCUUUCUUUCUUAGGACGCCCACACUCUCAUCCGUUCUCCUCUUAAGCGGUUACUGUCACUCUCGCUCAUCCCAUGGAACGCGCAGUUCAC